CUGGAUGUUAAUGUCAAUAUUCUAUGAAUCAUCAAUAUUUUUUAUUUUUUCUUUAGAAAAUGAUAAAUUUCAAUACUUCAUUAGAAAUAAAUAAUGUCUGAUAUUAAUUUAAAUAACUACAACAGUGAUACAGAGAGCUCAGAAGAUGAAAUAGAACCAAAAUUGAAAUAUGUGAGAUUAUCUAAUGAUGUACAAAACAUACUAUUGGCCUCCUCAGCAACAUAUAUAGCAGUGCACCCAAAAUUUAUUUGUUUGGGAUCACAUUGGGGAGUGAUCCAUAUCUUAGACCACCAAGGUAACAGUAUACAGGGAAAGGAAUUGAAGGCACAUACAGUUAGUGUUAAUCAGAUUUCUAUAGAUUCCAAUGGAGAGUUUGUUGCAACUUGUUCGGAUGAUGGAAAAGUAUUCAUCCAUAGUUUAUUCUCGAAGGAGAAUGAUGUUCAACUCAAUCUUGGAAGGCUCUUGAAAACUGUUUCUCUAGAUCCCUUAUAUUUCAAAUUUGGAAUUAAUAAGAGGUUUAUUACAGGAGAUGACAAGCUGACACUCUAUGAACGCACAUUUCUUGGCAACCUUAAGUCUACAGUACUAUGUGAAAGUGAAGGACUUGUUAGAAGCCUUUGUUGGGGUGAAAACUUUUUGGCUUGGUCCAGUAAUAUUGGUGUUAGGGUCUAUGACAUGAAUGCUAGAUGUUCUUUAGGACUCAUCAAAUGGGAAGACCAUCCAGGAAUUUCAAUAGACAAGUUUAGGUGCAAUCUAAGGUGGGCGGAUAGUAGAACACUGUUAAUUGGAUGGGUAGAUACAGUAAGAGUCUGUGUGAUAAGAAAACGAAGCAAUAUAGAACUGGCAAAUAGAGAUUUACCAGAGUAUUUAGUUGAUCCAGUAUCCACUUUUCAAACAGAAUUUUAUAUAAGCGGAAUUGCACCCUUAGACCAGCAACUUGUUUUAUUGGGCUUUCCAAAAGAAUUAGAUGAACAUCAAAAGAGCUUACGUCCUCAACUGUACAUAGUCGAGUAUAGAGACAAUGACUAUACUGACAUUUGUACAGACAGUUUAUCGUUAAGGGGCUAUGAAGAGUACAGUGCGAAUGAUUAUCAUCUGGAUGUACUUUUGGAAGAAAACCGAUUUUUCAUUGUAGCACCUAAAGAUGUAGUCGUAGCAAGUCCUUAUGAUUUAGAUGAUCGGAUCCAGUGGUUUAUUCAGCACAAUAAAUUUGAUGAAGCUCUGGAUAUUUUAAUGCAGAACUCUAGAAAUAUAUACAGGCAUACCGUCCAAUCUGUAGGUAUAGAUUAUUUGGAUCAUUUGCUCAGCAGGGGGAUGUAUGAUAAUGCAGGUAGAUUGGGAUUAAGAAUAUUCGGAAAGAAUCCAGCUUUAUGGGAGGAUCAAAUCUACAAAUUUGCCAGUGUACAUCAGCUGAGGUCCGUCAGUCCUUACAUUCCUCGAAGUGUUGAAUCAAAACUGAAUCCUCACAUUUACGAAAUGAUCUUAUAUGAGUACCUGAAACUAGAUGCACAUGGUUUCUUAAAUUUAGUAAAAGAGUGGGAUUCCGGUCUUUAUAAUAUCGCAGCUGUGAUUAAUGCCGUUUUGGAGCAUUUGCUUAACUGCGAGAUAGACAAAAAUCUAUAUUUAGAAGCUUUAGCCAUCCUGUACAGCUACGAGAAGAAAUACGACAAGAGUUUAUCUAUGUACCUUAAGUUAAAACAUAAAGAUGUUUUUGUAUUAAUUCAAAAACACAAUCUCUAUAGUGUGAUUCAAGAUAUGUUGCUAGAUCUGAUGGACUUAGAUCACAAGAAAACUAUUGAUCUUCUGUUACAGAAAAAUACUAUAUCCUCAGACAAGAUAGUGGAGAAAUUAAAGGAAAACCCGCUACAUCUUUACAGGUAUUUAGAUGAAUACGAUAAGAAAAAUCCUAAAGGAAGGUAUCACAAAGAACUAGUACAGUUAUAUGCCGUGUUUGCUAAAGAUAAGUUGUUAGCCUUUUUAAAAAAAUCUGAUCAUUAUCCGAUUCAAGAAGCUUUGGAUAUUUGUCAAAAAGAGAAAUAUUAUCCUGAAAUGGUAUACCUGCUAGGAAGGAUAGGUGAUACAAAGGAAGCCUUAGCCUUAAUAGUAGAUGAACUGAAGGAUAUGCAACAUGCUGUUGCUUUUUGUCAAGAACAUGAUGAUUCUGAUUUGUGGGAAGAUCUUAUCGAUAGAUGUGUUACUGAACCAGAAUUUGUGACAUUUUUAUUGCAAAGUAUUGGGUCAUACGUAGAUCCUACUAUGCUGAUUUUAAAAAUCAAGAAAGACACCCAAAUUCCAGGCCUUAAGAAUUCCUUGGUUAAAAUGUUAAACCAAUAUAAUUUACAGGUUUCUGUACAAGAAGGAUGUAAGAAAAUUUUAGUUUCUGAUUACUUUAAUCUACAAAAGAAACUUGUAAACGUUCAUCAGAGAGGUCUAGCUGUGAUGGAGGAUUUGGUUUGCGCGUGCUGUACUAGAAAAAUAGUUGAGAGAGACCCAUCUCGAGCUGUAGAUAUUGCCGUUUAUAAUUGCAAGCAUACUUUUCAUUUGCAGUGUAUACCUGAAAAUAUGACUAAAUGUGGAAUUUGUUACACAACAGAGCAAAAGUAAUAAAACGUAUGAAAAUUCCUGUUCACCCAAGCCGUUAUCCGGGAGCCGCCGUUGAAUCCUGAGUUGAACUGUGACGAAACAUGCACCGUAAACUUUGUAGCGUUCGCCAUCAUUUCCUCCUUCAAGGACUUUUCGUAUUCGAUGAGAGUUUUCCGCAGCUGCUCUUCUACCUCGUCCAGCUCAACGAGCUUUGCGUUGGGUUUCUUAAUCAACGGCCCAGCAACUAAAACCAUUUCAGACAUUAUAGAUCGACCGUUUGUCUUUAUUGAGUUAAAAGUUGUGUGUAGGUAGUAGAAAGCAUAUUUUUUGCACCAAGAGAAAUAAUUGAAUAUUUACAUUUAAAGAGGAUAAAUACAAUUGACAAAUACAGGGUGUUUCAUUGGAAAACGGAAAUACUUGAAUAAUGAAUAGAGGUCACUGAGGCGGUUCUAGAUAUACUACAUUUAUUGCUCAACCGAUUUUUAUAACCGAGUUACAGGGUGUUUUAUCGAUUUUUCCCAUUUCUUUUUGGACACAACUUUAGAACCACGUAUAUUUUUUGAUAUUUGGUACACAUAUGUCUCAUUUAGAACCUAAACCACCAAACUACUAGUCACAAGAGAAAUCCAGGUCCGGACAAAAAAAAUAUAAAUUUAUUGUGACCUUAAAACAUCACCCUGUAUAUUGAAAUUUUCAAAAUUCGUUUGCAUAUUUUUUUGAAAAGAGCACGAAAAACUAAGUUUAAUGCCUCGCUUCAAUUUUUUGCCUAAACAAUUUAAUGACUUUAAUUUUGAAAUAAUUAUAUUGAAAUUUUUAAGAACUCGGAGAUUAAAAAACCGGUAUUAUUAACUUUUAAUAAAAAAUUAUUAAAGUUAAUGAAUAAAUACUCAUUUUAAAAAUAAUCAAUAAUUAUUUACGACAUUGGAAUGACUUACUAUUUACAAGAAAAAUCCAGGUCCGAAUUAACAAAAAAAUAUAAAAUAAUUAUUGUGACCUUGAACCAACAACCCUGUGUAUUGAAAUUUUCUAAAUCCGUUUGCACAUUUAAAAACAGGACAACAAUAUAAGUUUAAUGGCGCAAUUUUUAGCUUCAGCUUCAAUUUUUAGCGCAGAGAAUGUAAUGACAUUGCUUUUGAAAAUAUAUUGAAAUUUUUGUUACGAGUUCUCAGAGUUCUUAAAAAUUUCGAGAUAAUUCAAAAUUAAUGUCAUUAAAUUUUCUGGGCAAAAAAUGGAACUUAGUUUUUUGUGCUCUUUUCAAAUGUGCAAACGGAUCUUGAAAAUUUCAAUAUACAGGGUGUUGUUUCAAGGUCACAAUUACUUAUUGUUUUUUUGUUAAUACGGACCUGGAUUUUUCUUGUGAUUACUAAAUGAGUCGUUACAAUGAAGUAAAUAAUUAUGGAUUACUGUUAAAAUGAGUAUUUUUUAAUUAAGUUUAGUAAUUUAUUAUUGAAAGUUAAUAAAACCUGCAUUUUAAUCUCAGAUUUUUUCGUUAAUAAAAGUCAUUAAAUUGUUUCGGAAAAAAUUGAAUCAGUUUUGUGUGCUCUUUUCAAAUAUGCAAACGGAUUUUAAAAACUUAAAUAUACAGGGUGUUGUUAAAACGAUAAAACACCCUGCAACUCAGGUAUAAAAAUAGGUGAGGCAAUAAAUGUAGUAUAUCUAGAACAGCAUCAUGACCUCUAUUUACCAUUCAAGUAUUUCCGUUUUCCAAUGAUAUACCCUGUAUAAAAUGGUGAAAAUAUUUCAAUUUUCAAGCAUAAAAAUAAAAGUUAAUUUAUUAUAAACUGGCAAUGACCAAACUUUCUUAAUACAUGAAGUAACCAACGCAACGUAUUACUAAAUCUUAAUUUAAUCUUUUAGUGGAAUAAUAUUCACAAUUAUAAAUUAAAACGCUUUUAGACGAGCCAAGUAAAGCAAACGAAAAAAUAAGCAAUAGGGCAACUUACAUACUUUAUUGUUCUAUUUUUUUUUCGAAUCAAUGACAAUCGAUAGCUUAAUUGGAAAAAAGUCAUUUUUUUAAUAUUUUUAAAGAAAAAACUAUUAAAUUUAUGGUUAAAAUUUUUUUAAAACGUUGCUAAGAAGGUUUCGAGGUAUACAGAAAAAAAUUUAUUCAUAAAAGAAUUAUGUGCUUCAAAGAAAAUUUACGUAUAAUUCUUUAAACUAAAAAAAAUCAAUAAAAUGAGUUCAUUGGGACUAUUACCACAGUGUAAUACUAACAAAUCAGUAGGGUCACUCUCGAUUUUGACGGUUCCAAUUUUGCAAUCCACACCUGAGGAAAAAAAUUAAAUGCGCGAAUAACGACCUGUCACGAAUGUAGGAUGCCGUUAACAGUCAUUUAUCUGCGCAAAGGAAUAAAAUGUUUGAUAAAUUUUGUGACAUUGUCACAAAAUGGAACAUAGAGAAGAAAGGAUUUUUCGAGGAGUGACUCUACUGAUCCGUUACCAUUAUACUGUGCUAUUACUUUUCCUCUUCCAACUUUAUCACUGUAAGUUUAAACAAGUCUUUUGUAGAUUGGGGCACAGAAUAACUAACCACACAGAAGCGAAUCUGACUGUCGUUUCCAUUGGUUUUGUUGGGACCGAAAUAUUUGACCUUGUGCACCACUUACAGAAUAGAACUUGAUGUUCUAAGGAAUAGACCAUUCCAAAUGAUGUGAUAUUUUUGACAAGUAGUUAUUAAUUAAAUAUGAAAUAUAAAAUUUAACUAUAAAAUAUAAAUAAAAUAUAAAAUAAAGCAUAUAUAAAUAUAAAAUUUAACUAUAAACAACUGUCACUGUCCGUCUAAAAGUGAGGUUGCACCACUUACGUGACGCAUGAGCAUGAAAAUUAUGUUACCGUUUUCGGCCUGAGUUUCGCUUCUGUGUGGUUAGUUAUUCUGUGAUUGAGGUUAUGUAUAACAAACAAUAAAGUUACCUUGUUUUGCCCGUUGCAAUGUUAGCGUUACUUCCCUUUCUAUAUCCGCAUCUAUUGCCUUUUUCUUAAUAUUAUGUGGUAAAAUGGCAUCUUCAGCUAGUAUAUUUAAAACUAGAGAUCCGACUGCUUUAGGCACAGUUUCCUUCGAAUUUUUGUAGCCAUCUAGUUCGCUUAUUACUAAAGUUUCGGAAAAGGUCAGUUGUUUAAUCAUAUCUUCAUCUGAAAUCAUUACCGUUAACAUUUUAAAGGGGAAAGGGGUAAUUGGGAGUAAAAAACAUUAGUUUGUCUCUGUAGGUUUUACUUUUAGUCCUCGUUUCAUAAAUGUUUAUAAACAAAUCGCUCAUUGAUUUGAAAUAUAGCACUCGAUCAUUUUUAAGUUAUUUUGGAAGACAAGACUUGCCUAAAAACUUUUGUAAAUAUCCUCAAAAAUGAUUCGUUUAUUUUUAGGUAUUCCUAGAAAUGAGUAAGGUACAACACAGUUAGGUAUCUUGAAGUAUAUAUUUAUAUGAAUCUGCAAUCGAUUAAUGAAACAGAGAAUGAACAAUAAAAAAUAUGUAAGCUAUACACAAUGUAUUUUGAAUUAAAGUUGACUCUAAGUAUGAUAUGUGUAAUUUUUAUAGUUUACUUUAUUAAUCAUUUCUACUUAAUUUAUUGUUAUGUUCUUAUUUCUACUCUUUAUUAAGCAUCUUUUCAAUGUUUUACUGCACACAUUCUACACCGGUAAUAAGUGCUAUAUUCUUUUGGAUUUACUUUAAAGGUUCUAUAUGUUUAUUUAUAUCAAUUUAAAGCUUUAAGUUGCAAACAAUUCGUCUACCCUUCUAGUCUAUUUCGUGAAUAUCUGGUGCUUAAGGUUUCUUUGUAUUGUACGAGGGUUAUUCAUAAAAAAGAUCCCCUAUGCCGCUGAAAAAGAGUGCGACGUGUUGGAAGAAAUCUGGCAACACUGCCUUACACCUUAACUCUCUUACUACACCACUACCAGCCUUCGAAGAUGGAGGUCUCGGUCGCUAUUACCGCCAAUGUGAAAUUCAUGCUGUUAUACCUUUCGAUUCAUGUUUUUAAAUGCAAAAUGGAUUUCACCUAUGGACAUUCAUCGUCGGUUAAUUGACGUUUAUGGGUAAAACUGCAUAUCUGUUCAACAUGUUCGCAAAUGGUGUAGAGAAUUCAGUGAAGGCCGAACGGAAAUUCACGAUGAAUCUGAAGGCCUUCCGCUCCGAUCUUUUGCUAAAUAACGUAAUAUGGACAUAGUGGCUAGGGAACAAACAGACAUAAGUUGCUCAUAAUAUAUGUUCAUUAAUAACGGACUAAACUGUAAUAAGUGAUUUAAGUCUGUUUCUGUUAGUUUUAAUCCACUGAUUUCUAUACAGGGUGAGCCACGCUCAACGGGAUGGAGCCUACCGGGAAAUGGCUAAAGAUAUUAAAAAUUCCUUCCGUAGGAAUACGUAGGUCAGUACCGGCUACAAAUUAAAAUUUGUGAAAUAUAUACAGGGUGUCCCAAUUUGGCGUAAUGAUAUAAAGUUAUAUAUUUUUAAAUGGAACAAUGGAACUCAUAUUUCACUUUAAUUUUGAAUUCUACUGAACAAAAUAAUGUUACUUUAUUCAACAUUCCCUAUACCUAUUGUUGACAGGUUUCGAUUUAUUUGGGUUUUUCUGAAAAUGUACUAUUCGCGAAAUUAAUUAAUUACACAUUAUCGCAUGAAUUUUAAUUACCGUCUUUUUGUCAGUUAAUUGUCAACUGUCCAUGCUUUACAUCAGAAUAAUUACCAUUUGAAACUAAUCUACAGAAUGUUCGCAAUCUGAAGUGUCAAUGUACAAUAUUUUAUAUAAUUACUUUCUUAACUUAAAUGGGACACCCUGUAUUUUACAUUAAUUUUGAAUUCUAAUCAAAAAAAUAAUAUUACUUUAUUAAACAAUCUGUAUACCUAUCUUUAUAAUACCAUAAAGUUAAACAAAACACACUGGAAAAAAUUAAUUUACAUUAAAUGUUCAAAAUGGUGUCCAUUUUCUUCAAUACAUAACCUCACUCUGUGUUCAAAAUUUUGUUUUACUUUUCUUAACAUUUCUGGAGUAACUGUUGCAAACGCAUUACGAAUACGCGUUUUCAUGUCUUCAGCGGUUGUAGGUGGAGUUUGAUAAACCAAACUUUUAAUAUAUCCCAAAAAAAGUCCAUUGAUGUUAACCCAGGUGAUCUAGGGGGCCAAUUGACAGCACCACCCCUACCUAUCCACUUUCCGGGAAAUUUUCUGUCUAAAUAUUCUCUAACAUUACGUGUGUAAUGUGUUGGAGCACCGUCUAGCUGCAGAAACAUUGUUCUUCUAAUAUUUAAAGGGAUAUUUUGCAAAAGUAUCCAAAAGUCUCUUCUGGUAGGGGAGCCCAAGCGGGGAUUUUUGCAGUUACUCGAGCGCGUCAGAUUAUCAUAUGGGGAGAAACCUGGUACCUUGCAGAUGUACCUCUACCAUAUAUUGGCUCUUAACACAGGGGAGUUCGUUAAGGGGAGCCCGAAAAAAAAAAUAUAUCCUUAAAAAAACUCGAAAUUGUCAGAUUAAGAUAAGGUAACUUAAGUACAUGCAAAAGAGUGUAUAUUUCAAAAAUCUGACGAUUUGAGCGUAAGGAAAUGGGCGAGUCCCAAAGUUUCACAAGAAAAAAGCGAAUAUUUCGCGAAAUGAAUCGAAAAACUAAAAAAUA